GCCGCGAAAAUGCAACAGAAGAUCCGCAACGAAGAAAUGGAAAUCGAUGUCGUCGAGAGGCACGUCACCCAUCCAUCACUUGAUCCAACCUUCCCUUCACUUCCCUCCACUCUAUUCGCACUUUGGAAUCAAGUGAAGAGAAGAGUUGGUUCACAGAUUUCGGUGGAAGAGAAGGAAAUAUUACGUAAAGAUAAAGAGUUGAUAGCAAUGAUUAAACUUCCGGCAGAAGCGGAGGCAUCGAGAGUAGAGCUCAUAGCACAGGGAAAGGCGAAACAGACUGUGGAAGCGAGUGUUGCUGAGGGGCAGAAGAUUAAAAUGAUAGGAGCGGCCGAUGCCUAUGCUAUUGAAGCCAUUGGCAAAGCCGAGGCUGAGAUGAUGCGCAUGAAAGCCGCCGCUUAUAAACAAUACGGAGAGGCGGCCAUCCUUUCCUUAACACUCGAAGCCCUGCCAAAGAUCGCUGCAGAAGUAGCCGCGCCUUUGGCCAAAACCGAUGAAAUCGUACUCAUUAGUGGCUCUGAUGGCGGUCUCACUAGUGAUGUCACUCGACUCGUCUCACAGAUACCGCCCACUCUUCACGCCCUAACUGGUGUCGAUCUGUCAAAGGUUUUAGGCAAAAUUCCGGGCGCCAAGUGAUGCAUUAGUAA